AUGACAGGCCAGGUGGCAGUAGAGAACUCAGACCUUUCAACGCAAAGGCUAUCAGUGAAAACUUCAAUGGAGGAUGAAUCUGACCGGGCAGACAGCACAUUGAGCCGUGUGCCAUCUGUGUGCGAUGACACCUGCUCGGAACUGCAGAGGGUGGCAACAAUCGAACCAAGAGGACUCCACUCACAGAAUUCCUUCAGGGGAAGAGGGGCCAUGUCUCGGUUCGUGAGCAUGGUGAUCACUCUGCGGGAGUGGGCCCAUAAGAGCUUGUUGGAGGAGGAAGAACGGCCCGACUCCUUCUUGGAGAGGUUCCGUGGGCCUGAGCUUCAGGUUGCUCCCAGCCGCAUGAGCAACAACCAAGGCGAGGCCACUGGCUCUGGUAGCAACAAGCAGGCCAAAAAGAAGCCAGAUGUGUUUGUCAUGGCACCAGCUGAUGACAUCUAUUAUCGCUGGUUAUUCAUUAUUGCUGCAGCUGUUUUUUAUAACUGGUGCCUCCUAGUGGUCAGGGCCUGCUUUGAUGAGCUGCAGAUGCAUAACAUCAUCCUCUGGCUGGUGUUGGACUACCUGUCCGAUGCUGUAUACAUCCUGGACUCCUGUGUCCGGCUGCGCACUGGCUUCCUAGAGCAGGGUCUGCUGGUGAAAGACCUGUCCAAGCUGAGAGACAACUAUGUCCGAACGCUGCAGUUCAAACUGGAUGUGGUGUCCAUCUUGCCCACGGACCUGGCCUAUGUGGCCACCGGCAUUCAUACUCCCCAGCUGCGCUUCAACCGCCUGCUCCGCUUCUCACGAAUGUUCGAGUUUUUUGACCGCACCGAGAUGCGCACCAGUUACCCUAACAUCUUCCGCAUCUCAAACCUGGUGCUCUACAUCCUGGUCAUCAUCCACUGGAAUGCCUGCAUCUACUUCGCCAUCUCCAAGUCCUUGGGCUUAGGCUCGGACUCCUGGGUCUACCCAAACAUGUCAGACCCGGAGUUUGGUUCCCUGGCCCGAGGCUACAUCUACUGCCUCUACUGGUCCACACUCACCCUCACCACCAUCGGGGAGAUGCCUGCUCCGGUUCGGGAUGAGGAGUACCUCUUUGUGGUCUUUGACUUCCUGGUGGGCGUGCUAAUUUUCGCCACCAUCGUGGGCAACGUGGGAGCCAUGAUCUCCAACAUGAACGCCACACGGGCGGAGUUCCAGGGCCGCAUCGACGCCAUCAAGCACUACAUGCAGUUCCGCAAGGUGAGCAAGGAGCUAGAGGCGCGUGUCAUCAAGUGGUUCGACUACCUGUGGACCAACAAGAAGGCCGUGGAUGAGCAGGAGGUGCUGAAGAACCUGCCCAACAAGCUGCGGGCUGAGAUCGCCAUCAAUGUGCACCUGGAGACCCUGAAGAAGGUACGCAUCUUCCAGGACUGCGAGGCUGGCCUGCUGGUGGAGCUGGUGCUCAAGCUCCGUCCCCAGGUCUUCAGCCCCGGCGACUAUGUCUGCCGCAAGGGUGACAUCGGCAAGGAGAUGUACAUCAUCAAGGAGGGCCGGCUGGCGGUGGUGGCGGACGACGGCAUUACGCAGUAUGCCACCCUGACGGCUGGCAGCUGCUUCGGCGAGAUCAGCAUCCUCAACAUCCAAGGCAGCAAGAUGGGCAACCGGCGCACAGCCAACAUCCGCAGCAUCGGCUACUCCGACCUCUUCUGCCUGUCCAAGGACGACCUGAUGGAGGCUGUGAUGGAGUUCCCGGAUGCUAAGAAGGCGUUGGAGGAGCGGGGGAGGGAGAUUCUGCAGAAGGAGGGCUUGCUGGACGACAGGGCGGGGGGUGGUCUGGGAGGAGAGGAGAUGGAGGAGAAGGUGGAGCGAUUGGAGGCCUCCCUGGACACCCUGCAGACGCGCUUCGCCCGGCUGCUCAGCGAGUACACGGCCACGCAGCAGAGACUCAAGCAGCGGCUCACCGUGCUUGAGCGCCAGCUACGGCACAGCGGCAGCGGCUUCCUGUCCGAUGCCGAUGGCAACGAGAGCUCCAACGAUGCGGAUGGAACCCGCAGCGAGGCCAAUAUCGUACUCUGA